UUGAGAGUCCCCUUCCUCUGUGAUGAGACAGGGAGACCAGAAGCUCCCAAUCAUCUCUCUGCUGACCCUUCAUUAUUUAUGGAUCUUCUUUUCCUGUCCUCUCUCCUCCAUCCCAUCUAAGGAUCCUGGUGCAGCCAUCCUGUUCCCUAUGCGCCUCCAGCACCGGUUUUCUUUGUGUGCCCACGACUGCCCACUGAGCUGCCAGCAGAUGUGCCCUGGGCCCCCGUCCUGCACUUGUACAGGUCAUGUCGAUCCCUGUAAGGAGAAGGACAAACUGAUUGUCGAGAACUGUCAAGAAACCCACACUGGUAGCAAUGAGCCUCCCCAACCAUUGUGUUGGCUCUCCCCAAUAUUGAUUAGCCAGGAUUUCCUUUUGCAGAUUAGCCCCUGCCCACACUUCCUGCCCCGUCACAUCCUGCCCGUCCACAGCCCUGCCCCACAGGCAAAGCCUGGGCUCCACCUCAGCUAGGAGGAAGCACACGCAGCCAGCGCUGGACCUGGUGCUAGGCCAGGGGCUGGGAGGGCAGGGAGGCGGUUCUGCCCAGGGAGGGGCUGAUGGUGCUCUGCGGGAGCUAUUGCUGAACAAUCCCUCAUUGCUGCGAGAUGGCUUACGUUGAAAAGCUGGUACAGGAGACAGAUGCAGGCCGGUGUGUGGGCAUCCAGAUAAUCAACAACACCAGAGACAUGACCCUCGAGAACCCCAGGACUUACUGUUUCAGCGGCAGUGCCAUGAUAGACCCUGUGCCCCAGAUCCCCCCCGGCUCCUCGGAGAGCUUCCUGUUUAAGAAAACAAGCUACACGGCCCGCGGGAGCGUCGGGGUGCUGAGCUACGAAUCCGCUGCCUUCACCCUGGCCAUCAUGUUCUCCAACCCCUUCGACCGCUUCCUCUACAGCAUUGAGUUUGCCAUUGAGCUCUUCGCUGGCAGGACACACUUCCACAACAUGGAGCGCCUCUACCAUUAUAUGUACGGCCACAACCCUCCUUAUAAGUGCGAGUCCUUCCAGAAAACGAUGCUCACUGAUGACCAGGACGGCCAGCUGGAGGUGACCAACCAGGAGAUCCAGGUGAAGGCCACCAUGUCCAACAAGAAGAAGUCCAUCAUUAAAGUGCAGAUCGAGCAGGGAGACCGCUGCCCAUCCGAUGCUGCCCACUCAGCCAGCCUGGAGAGCACACAGAAUUGACCUAGUGUGACAGACGAGGGGGGCGUGGCUGGGAACGCCAGGAAACAGUGACUGUCUUUCCCAGCCCAUGUGCACAGACACGGGCUCGCUCUGCUUGCACUCGCCCCAGUGUGGCCACAGAGGCCUGUGCUGCAGGAGGAGCCAGCCACCCCUGGGUGUGUGGCCUGAGCCGCUGCCCCGGACUCAGGGGCUGCACUGCUGCGUUUAGCGUGCUAGCGCGUGUCUGUCUACCCAGGCUGGGAGGCAUCCUUCCAGCUGCCUGGGGACGUACCUGCAGGAUAGCUCAGGUGAGCGUGGCUUUGUGGCCGUGGCCCUGGCCCUGUCUGUAGGGUGAGGCGGCCCCAAACAGAGAUCCCAAGUCACCCGUUCUGGCUGCCUUCGCCCAGCCAGAUCACUAAAUUGUGAGGCCCAAAGGCCUAUUGUGACCAUCCAGUCCGACCUGGGAACAGCACUGGGCACUCCCUGCCCCGAGCCCAACAGCUGGGGACUGAAGAUGAGAGGCAGCCAAUCUCUGUGUAGAGCCGGUCACCCUUCUUUUGGUUGUGGCCCAGAAUGCUCCUUUGCCGUGAGCCCUUGGGGCAAAACAAGGCUUCCAGAAGACCCACAAAGAGAAAUAUCUGCUGCCUAUUUAAAGUUGGGUUAAAAAUAAAGGGAAUAUUUUCACUUCCUGCUGCAGGGUCAUUCCUCCAGGAGCCUAUCAAGGUUUUGUUGCUAUGGUUCUAAAGGGGUGGGGGGAUUCCUUCCUUAUUUUUUAAGCUUAGAAAUAACAGGGGUCUCAAGACUUGUCUGUCCUGCUGUUGCUGGAGAGUGGGCUGGGAGAGUCCGAGGAGGGGACCGUGCGCUGACUCGGCCCAUACUUGUGAGGCAGGGCGCUGAGUCUUUAAUGAAGAGAUCGUGUCUCCCAGCUGUUUGCAGGGUGGCAGAGUCAAAUAGGCACCAGUAAGACCAACGAGUUCUAAAGAAUCCAGUAACACCCAUGCCCCUCUCCCUGGCCUGGUGGCACUUCCAAGCUGGCUGUGGUGGGGGGACCCUGCCAGCCCUGCAGCUUGCCAGGCAUGUAGACGGGUAGAAAAGUCCUGCCCUCGUGGG